GAGAGUUUCCUUCUUUACGCGCGCAAGUGGUUUGGUGACGGUACUUUCAGUAUGACAGGGAGAGGAAGAACAGGCGAUGGUAAGAGUAAACGCGAAAAGGCAAAUCCCGGUCAGUCGAGCAGCUGCUCGAAGGGCCAAGGAAAUCAUAGCCCUCCUGGUGCCAAAGCAAAGAGCAAUUCCGAGCAAAGGUCCAGUAAUCCCAGAUGCGCGAGCGGAAUCGCGCGUAUUUCCAACGCCACGAAAAAAUGUCCACCUACUUCUGGUGCAGUGGAGUCUAAUUCUUGUGGAUCGCCGCCUCUGAAAUUCAAUGGAGACGUAAAACCAAAACGUCAGAGGGAACCUGCACAAACGACUAGUGUCCCGAUAUGCAAGGAUACUGCCAAAGCCAAGGAAACCAGCACAACUGCGUCCAGAGGAGCCUCAAACCCAGAGCCUAAAUUCGGCACGAAAGAUACCAAGUCUCCCUCCCUGGAUAGGCCCGCAAGUCGUCUUGAGAAAAAGACAGUGACAAGUCCGGCGAAAAAUGACACGUCUGCUAAUAAGGUCCUUCGGUCAACACUUGACAAGCUCAAGAUCAAGAUGACUGCAAAGUCAGAUUCGUCUGGUAUUAUUAAUGAUAUUGUGGAAACAAUUGUCAAACAUAUGAAAGAGAAGUCGGAAUGUUUUCGUGCCGUGGCAAAAGUGCCUACUGGAAGCUACUACGAGAACGUGAAGAUUUCUAAGCCCGACGAGUUCGAUGUGAUGUUGGCGGUACGGGCGGACAGAGUGAUACUGCAGGAAUUCGACUCAGAGGGCGCGUUCUACAGCGUGGCAUUAAAAAGAACACCCAGAGAGGACCCUUUGCGGUGCUUUCUGCAAAAGGACAAUACCAUCUCAGCAAGUGAAAUGUUGAGCGAGUUCAGAGAGCACGUCAAGAAAGCUGUCGAGUCCUUCCCAGAUGUGAAGGUGGAGAGGAAGAAGGCCGGCUGUCCAGCAGUGACCCUCCUGAUAAAGCAGAAGGACAUGGAGAUCGGACUGGACAUUGUCCUCAGUCUGGAAGUGCACAGUUCAUGGCCAGAAUUUACUACGGGUGGUCUUAAGAUUGAAACCUGGCUAGGCACCAAAGUGAAGCGAAACUUCAAGGGACGGCCGUUUUACCUGGUGCCAAAAUAUGCAGGCAAAGGCAACGAGGAAAGAGAUGGAGUCUGUGCCAAAGACGCGUGGCGGAUCUCCUUCUCACACGUGGAAAAGGACAUUCUGACGAACCACGGCCAAGCCAAGACGUGCUGCGAGGCCACAGGGACGAAGUGCUGCAGAAAGCCGUGCCUGAAGCUCCUGAAGCACCUCCUGCACCAGCUGAAGGAGAAGCACCCGAAGCAGCUCUCCCGGUUCUUCUCCUACCUGUGCAAGACCACCCUGCUCCACGCCUGUGCUAGCAGGGUGUGUGACAGCGACUGGCCCAUGGACAGGCUGAACGACUGCUUUCAGCAGCUCCUGGAAGACUUCCAGGGGCAUUUGAGGCGGGCACACCUGCCCAACUUCUUCAUCCCCACCCAGAACCUCCUGGGCUCGGCGUUUGACAGGAAGAGCCUGGAAUUUCUGGUGAACUGUAUAGAAAGCGAGCGCAGCAGCGAGUUCCCCAUCUUUACACAGUGACUGCAGAUCACACCGCGCCGCCAUUUCAGCGCGGAGACCCAGGGAUGUCUGUCAUCUCAGGCACUAAUAAAAACACAAGACCGCUGCUUUUUUAAACAGUGCUGUUGUUUUUAAGUUAUAUUGUAACAAAUAAAGCUAUAUGACAUUCCAGUUGUUUUAUUAUGAAUGAUGUUUUGAUAUAUACAUGGUGCGAAGGAGUCCAGUGAUCUCUAGUAUUCACAUAAACUGAAAAUACAUUUUUUGUAGUUUCAUGAACAGCAGGUCUUGAACCUGAGUCCGUUUUGAAGGAACGGCAUUGCCAUUUUAACCUUUUUAAAACUGCCAUUUUAAAAGAACAUUUGAUGCCUUUUCUCAGUUCCAACACAUAUCGAUUACAGUAAGUGCAUUUCAGAGAAUAAGGCUUGUACGGUUUACACAUUUAAAGCUUUAAAAAAUGAUUUGCGUUCUGUUUAAAUAGUAUUUCAAACUAAUGCAGUUCACAGAUUAAUAUAGAUAACAGCCACAGGGAAUUGAGUACGGGAAAGCAGCCUUUAUUUUGUGUGCCCGUGUACAUUUUACUCUACAGAACAAGUUAGAACAGCGGAACAAGUCAAGGAGACAAAGUGCAACGAGACAAAGAUAGAGGGUCAUAUGCCCUUCUUCACCUUUAUCAACUCCACAUAAAGGCCACAUUUAAUAAACACAGGUUUCAAGAAAAAUAACGCAACUGUCUCUUUAAAAAAAAAAAAAAAAAAAUACAAA